AUGAUAGGAGCAGUUGUUCAUGGGCCGUAUUUCUAUACAGUUUUUAGAGCACUGGAUCGCAUAUUCGGAUAUGGCCGGAGCAUAAAAACCACCGUUUUUAAAUCCCUUUUUACACAAGUGGCAUUCACUCCACCCUUUAUUGCUCUUUUUCUAUGCAUGUCAGCAGUAAUGAAUAACAAGGAUGUAUGGACCACACUCAAGGAAAAGUUUAUCCCCAUCAACAUCAACAGCUGUCUUAUCUGGCCAUUUCUAGGCAUAAUCAACUUUCGAUGGAUUCCACCGAAUAGACAGUUGAUAUUUAUCAACGUAUGUGGCAUUGGAUGGAAUACCUACAUGUCAUUC